CCCGUAGGAUAUAUGGUGGUGGUAUCAUCGGGGGGCGGCAAGAGAGUGUCGAAGGGUAUCGCGAUGCGCGAUAUUGAAAGAUAGAUGUAGUCGGACCCGGGUAGCGAGUCAGUAAACACCAAUUGUCGUGCAGUUUUUUAUAAAUUAUAUUUAUUCUUAUUCUUAUACUUGUCAUUUUAUCUUUUUUCCUCCCUUAACUCUAAAAUAUAAAUAUACAUUUUUUUAUUUUAUUUUAUUUAUAAAUUGAUCGAUGAUCUAUGUGAUCCAAGAUAACUAUUACACUAGUGGUCUCGAUACGUGACACUGUUUACUUUCUUAUUUAUUUAUUUAUUAUCUGCUGGUGUCACCACAAGUCACAUCGUGAGAUUUUUAAUUUAAACUAUCUUUUUACGAAAUGGAAACACUUUGGCGGAAAAUUUGGGGACAUUCGAAUGAGGACGCGGUUGAUCCGGUAACUGGAUUGUCAGGACGAGAGAUAAAGCUUGUCCAGAGUACGUGGGCUAUCGCGAGCAAGGAUCCAGUCGGUUCCGGUAUCGCAAUAAUGUCAGGAUUUUUUGAACGUUAUCCAGAGUAUCAAUCAUUCUUUCCGGGUUUUAAAGAUGUGCCUCUAAAGGAUUUACCGGGUAACAAAAGGUUUCAAGCACACGCUGUCAGUGUAAUCACAGCAUUGAACAGUACCAUUGAUGCAUUAAGUGAUGUUGGACUACUUGAAGCAACUCUGGUAACUCUCGGUGAACGUCACGGCAAACGUGGACAAACGGCCCAACAAUUUCUCCAUCUGAAGCUAGUAGUUAUGGACGUGUUACGACAGACACUUGGGAAUAAAUUUACUAAAGAGACCGAGGAAGCUUGGACAAAAACACUUGACGCGGCUUAUACACACAUAUUUAAAGGUCUAUCCUCCUAACAUAUUUGUAAAUAAACCUAAUUAAUACUUAAACAUUAUCAGAUUAUUAUCUGAUGAGUACCAAAUAUAUAUUUAAUGACAUCCCGACAAAUUGUCACGUUAUCAGGAAAUUGUAUGAUCGUCGUCACGUGCCAACAACUUCCACCCGUCACCGCAAUUUCCUAAUUAAAUCACGUCAUUUAUCUUACUUUUAAUAUUUUAGAUUUAAAUAUAAAACUUGUUGUACCGAGAUUUUAUUUUAAAAUUGUUAUUUAAUUAUUUAAUAGACGAAAAUUAUUUUCCCGUGGAUCUAAUCCGCUAAUAGAUUAUUUCUAUAAUAUAUGACGUGUGAAAUUAUUAUGUAGAUGACGUACAACAAUGGGGCUCAACAGAAUUG